ACAGAAUUGACAGACCACCCUCUCCCCUGCUUACGCUUUUACCUGAACCUAACCUCACCUCCUCCAACUCUCCAGGCUUCCCAACCAACACAGCGAAGCAAACAGAUGAAUAGUUGAGUUUGUUCAACAAAACUCGACCCCAGAAAUGGCAAGUCCCACAGUCUCCUUCCUCCUCAUCAUCAUUACCACCGUCCUUUUGCCAUCCCCUUCAUCAUCCCUAACAUCACAACCGUCCAAUUUCUUUCCUUCCAAUAAACCCCCGCGCUUCCUCGGCAAACACUCACACCCAAUCAAAACCAACCACCAACAAUACCGUUAUGAAACCAGGUACUUCUUUCAACCACUGGAUCACUUCAGCUUCUCCGAUCUUCCGAGGUUCCGGCAACGCUACCUUAUCAACACCGACCACUGGGUGGGCCCAUCUCGUCUCGGCCCAAUCUUCCUCUACUGCGGCAACGAAGGUGAUAUCGAAUGGUUCGCCGUCAACACCGGUUUUGUCUGGGAGAUCGCCUCUCGCUUCGGUGCCAUGGUUCUCUUUCCAGAGCAUCGGUAUUAUGGGGAGUCAAUGCCGUAUGGAAGUAGAGAAGAGGCUUAUAAAAAUGCCACUACUCUUUCUCAUCUCACAACAGAGCAAGCGCUUGCGGAUUUCGCAGUUUUGAUUACUGAUUUGAAGAGGAAUUUUUCUGCUGAAGGGUGUCCAGUUGUUUUAUUUGGCGGCUCCUACGGAGGAAUGUUAGCGGCAUGGAUGAGGCUGAAGUAUCCUCACAUUGCUGUUGGGGCGCUUGCUUCAUCAGCACCAAUUCUUCAGUUUGAAGAUAUUGUGCCACCAGAAACAUUUUAUAAUAUCGUCUCCAACUCAUUCAAGCGGGAAAGCAGUAGCUGCUUUGACACUAUAAAACAGUCGUGGAAUGCACUGACAUCUGAGGGUCAGGGAAAGGAUGGCCUUCAGCAACUGUCAAAAACUUUUCGCUUGUGUCGGGAACUUAAGAGUGUCCAAGACCUUACAAACUGGUUGGAUUCUGCUUAUAGUUAUUUGGGGAUGGUUAAUUACCCAUAUUCUUCAAACUUUUUAAUGCCUUUACCUGGACACCCCAUAAGAGAGGUAUGCAGAAAGAUUGAUGGUUCUCCUGAUGGGUCUAGCAUUCUGGAUCGUAUAUUUAAUGGUGUAAGCAUCUACUAUAAUUAUACUGGAGAUGUUGACUGUUUUCAACUUGACGAUGAUCCUCAUGGCAUGAAUGGGUGGAACUGGCAGGCGUGCACUGAGAUGGUUAUGCCAAUGUCUAGUGAUAGAAAUACAAGCAUGUAUCCAGCAUAUGAUUGGGAUUACUCUGCUUUCGGAGAAAAGUGCAGGAGGGAUUUCCAGGUGACACCAAGGCCUAGAUGGAUAACAACUGAAUUUGGUGGACAUGAUAUUGAGCAUGUAUUGAAAUUCUUUGGAAGCAACAUCAUAUUCUCUAAUGGUCUAUUGGAUCCUUGGAGUGGUGGCAGUGUUCUGAAGAAUAUAUCUGAAACAAUUGUUGCUCUUGUUAUGGAAGAAGGUGCACAUCACAUAGAUUUGCGUGCUUCAACGACUGAGGACCCUGACUGGUUAGUGGAACAGAGGGCAACUGAGAUCAAGCUGAUUGAAGGUUGGUUGGAUACUUACAGUAAGAAAAUGCAAGCAACCUUCACAAUGUAGAUGCUUCAACGACCGACGACCCUGACUGGUUAGUUAGUGGAACAGAGGGCAAAUGAGAUCAAGGUUGGCUGGAUGCCUACCGUAAGAAAAUGCAAGCAACCUUCAAAGUGUAGAUGCGAAAGAUUUUUGGAGCUUGGACGUAAAUGUAAACGUGUAUAAAUAGCUUCCAAGUCUAACUCCUGCUUCUGCCCAUCUUUUCAAUCUGGGAUUGCCAAAUAAACUACUACUUACAUUUACUUUUCUUACUUCUCCCCUCCCACCUCUCUCCUGUAGGCUAACCCCUUUUUUCUUUUCGCGUUAACACAAAAAAGGUUUAUUUUCGAGUUCACUGCAGCUUAAAUCCCAGGUAACCUCACUCAAGCAAUAAUGUGCACGCAUGGGAUGAACACUGAACCUUUGUCAGGGCGAUGAAAUGUAUGUUUAUCACAUUGAUGGCCUCUUUAACAUGCAUUCUUCCUUAAAUUCUUGUUCGAAAUUGACUUUGAAAAGGUUAGGACGGAAUUUUGAGUAUUAGAAAGCGUUGGCCCAAGAUUUUUUUUCCUUAGAACUUGCUAGUCCAUCAAUGAUUGAAUAAGCAAAGAUGGUUUCCCUUGUGGUGUCUGAAUGGACAAGUAUUCUUUUUGAUUCCAUAUAAUAAUGCCAGAAGGAUUGAAUUUGCUGAGAAGAUACUGUAUUUGC